AAGAAUUACAUUUUCAUUACUUCCUUCCAUUUUAGACAUGUAUUUGCUGUGGCUGCAUUUAUUUUUCCAUUUAUUCAUCUUAAUCAAUGCAUACGAAAAUAUUGCUCUGAGGAAACCAGCAUGGCAGCGUUUUCCGUAUAGCGGUCGACCUUGUUGGGGAGCAGAUCGUGCUGUGGACGGACGGUAUUCAGACCUAUCUCAAUAUGACAACCAGUGUACAAUAUCCGGGAAUUAUCACCAAGUUGCAGAAUGGAGGGUGGAUCUCCAAGAAGUCCUUAGCAUGCAUCAUAUUGUUAUAUACUAUAGGACGGACAAAGAGCCUUGGGGAAAUCCUAGUAAAUACUCGGGACGAUUUUUGGGGUUCUCUGUCUACAUAUCAAACACAACGAAUAAAGAGGACGGGAUAACGUGCUUCAAAGAUAGAAACUUUACUAGAGCAACAAUAGAGAAUCCUUUAACGAUAAGUUGCCCUAAUCACGGACGUUACGCUAUCUACUACAACAAUCGAACACAGCCCCCGUUUCCUUCUGGUUAUUCUACAGAUGGAGCAUACAACGAAAUCUGCGAAUUUGAGGUUUAUGGUUGCCCAACACCAGGAUAUUACGGAGAGAACUGCUCUUUAUCGUGUCCACAGAACUGUCAGGAAGGUCACUGUCACAUCGAGGAUGGAACCUGUCUGAGGUGUACCGAUGGAUACAAAGGUCCAACUUGUAAUGAACAAUGCAACGGCAAAUCAUACGGUCAAGAGUGUCAGCAAAAUUGUGGAAACUGUAAAAACAAUGAACAGUGUCAUCAUGUGAACGGAAGUUGUAUAAAAGGUUGUGCCAGUGGAUUUUAUGGCACAAAAUGUGACCUAACUUGCCCUGAAGGUCGAUAUGGCUACUAUUGUGAGGAGCACUGUAACAUCAACUGCGGAGUUCCAUACAGAUGUGACAGGGUGACAGGACAGUGUGAGGGAGGAUGCCAAGUGGGAUGGGAAGGGGCCACGUGCGAUACACAAUGUAAUGAAGGAAAGUUUGGUCAGAAUUGCAACCAUAUCUGUGGACAUUGCCUUGACAAUGAGCAAUGUAAUUACAUCAAUGGUACAUGUCCCAAUGGAUGUGAUAUUGGUUAUCAAGGAACUAACUGUACACAGGUUUGCAGUAAUAAUACACAUGGAGAUGGAUGUUUGCUUAAAUGUGGGAACUGUUUAUAUCUGUACGGAGAACAAUGCCAUCACGUGACUGGUCAAUGUCCACGAGGAUGUGACAUUGGUUACCAUGGCGAUCGCUGUGACCAGGGUUUUGAAGGUUUAAUUCAUCCUGUAUCUGAGAGCCAAUUAUCCAUCUCACUCUAUGUCUGCACGACAUUUCUUAUCUUAAGUGGAUUACUAAAUGCCAUUUUGGUUGUCAGAUUUCUCAGAGAACGAAGAAAGACAAUGCACGAACAUCAAAAGAACCUGAGAAGUGAAAGUGAAAGGAAUAAAGAGUUGGAGCACUCAAUGCCUAUCCCCGAGUGUUCGCACAAUCAAUAUGAAAACUUCUCUCUGUAUGAGGAACUUGGGCUAUCUAAAUAGAAUAAUACUUGUCUUUGCCUUUGAAAAUGAAAAAAAAAAUUCCGCCCAAAAGCCCCUCCCCUCCCCCCCCCCCCUCGAUGCUUCCUGCCUGAAACAUAAGUUAAAGAUUUCUUUAUCUUCUUCGAAUGGAGAACUAUUUUCUCCGAACCAUAAUAUGGUGAUGGUAAUUGUAAAUUUAUUCCAUCAAGUAAAUUUACCUGAAUCCAAAACAGGUAAAAAUAAAAAGUGAGAAGUAUUCCAACCGUUAUCAAAUUUGAUCGUUUUCAAGCCAUCGUGUCUUUUGAAACUAUGCAGCGUUCGUUCAAAACCAUUUGUUAAAAAAUAUAAAAAGAAUCGUUUGCAUAAAAGAAACCAUUCAAAAAUAUGAAAAUACAAUUCAAGUUUGUUUAUAAAAUAUUCGUUGUAAAUUUGUCCAUGGUAACGAUCCAAAGUAUAGUAUUAUUUAAGCUGCCCUGAAUUACAACGUGGAUAUCAUUCUCGUUCUAUAAAUCUUGGAUUGUCGUCCUUAUUAUGUCGUGUUAUUUUCUUUUUCUAUGUCCAGAUAUAGUUUUCGUUACUAAUCUUUACACUUGGAUAUAUUGCUUUCAUUAUUACUUUUAGAGGCACUUUUCAAUGCUUACAUGCACUUGUUUGUUUACUGUUAUUCCUUUCCUGUAUAGUUUUUAUUAUUAGUUUUUAUUUGUCAAAACAGUUAUUUGACAGUAUGUUUUUUUUUUUAUCAACCUAGCUGUGUUGCUGCAAUAAUCGAUCAAUUUCAAAUCAUUGCCAAUUAUGACCGAAAUGAUUAUGGAUACCUUCUUUGACCAUAGAAAAAAUUUUUGACAGUCUUAUAUACUGUAUUCAAUGGUACAUGUAUUGUAUAUUUGUACUGAAUCAACGUUUGGUCAGUCACAUCAAUGUAUCUGACAUUUGUUCAUAUAUUUGGUAACUUUCUUAUUGAUAUUUUGUCUUUUGUGUAUUACUGUGAAUUCAUUAAUAUUCAAUGGUAUCAAUUUUCGUGGAUAAAGUGAAAAUCACAGUUUCAAGGAUAAAUUCGUGGCCAAUGACCCUAUCAAUACAAAUGUUAAUAGAUCUAGAAAUUGCACUUCAAUGAACAUUUAAUUUCGUGGAUCAGCCUAACAACAGAAUCCACGAAAAUUGGUAUUUAACGAUCAUUGAUGAAACCACAGAAUAUUAUUCGUAAUUUCUUUAACAUACAUUUCUAAUAAUGCUUUUAUUCAUGUAAUUUGUAAAGUGAUGGCAAUACACGCCGUUCCCAAUUCUUCCCAAAGGGAAAAACUUUGCAUUUUUAUUACAAAAAUCAAUAAUUGGCAAAUCGGAUUCGAAUUUGUCAAACCUGUUUCAAUAUUCAAAUGUGCUACAUGUAGCUGUAAUAUAUACUUGCUUUUAUAAAACAAAAUAGAAAACAGACAACAUUUUUUUAUUAUAAUCAUGACUAACAAAAAUAGUUUAAAACCUGUUUUAUGGUCAUACUAAAUAUUGUUGAAGGGGCAGUUUCAGCAUUCGGAUAAAAAUGAUAUGCAUUUUUAAUUAUGUUGUGUACACAUUUAAUCAAUAUCAUUUCAGUUAUUUCAUUAAUUGUUGUUGAAAUGUACAUUUGUAUGUUUGCCAGUCAUGCAAGGUCUGUGGCAACAUACUUUAAACUAUUACGAAAUUUGAAAAAAAAACGUUCAAUGUGCGUCUAACUUGUUUCAAAAUCAGCUCAUUUUGGCUUCUCUUUCCAAAGUGAGUUAUGUUUGGGACCAAAUCAGAGCACUUUUAAUUUUUUUUAAAAAGUGAAUAAUGAGUGUAAACAUUCAUAUUUUUUCAUUAAGAAAUUUAUAAAACUAUUUACUGAUGUUGCAUUAAUUCAGAAUAAGGGUUCAUUUUUUUAUAACCGUGUUAAAUCUGCACUUUAGAUACGACAACCAAUGAUACAUUCAAAUUACCAUAAUGAAAUUGAGUACUCGAAGAAUGCAACCGCAUCUUUUCUUCCCAAACAUCAUAUCAUAUUCUUGAACUUUGAUAAUUAAAGUUUAGUCAUAGAAAAAUAAAUUGAUCAAUGCAUCAGAAGCCUUUUCCAUGUUCUGAUGAGUUUCUAGUCAUAAAACCACUUCUCACAUUUAAUCUAAACGAAUUAUUUCGAUGUAAAACGUAAGGUAGUUACAUGUACAGCUUUUAAAUUUUGCAUUGAUUUUCAAAAAAUGUAUCAGAUUAAAACUGUAUUGAAUAAAGAUAUUAUAAAAUAUACAGUCCAAAGAAUUAUAAAAAAAAAAAACAAACAAACAAACAAAAAAGAAGAAAAGACAUAUGAUGGUUACUCUGCGCAAUUGAUGUGAUAUUUUGACAACAAAUCUUAAUGAACUCCUGAACUUUGUUGUUAAUUGUGCAAUUGCAAUUCAAAAUAGCUUACAUUUUUUUUUAAAUUAUCUUGUUGAUGUCCCAUCGAGCUAAGUAAAAAUAAUCAUCUUAAAAGGUCUCAAGAACUUCGACUGUGCCCGGUACAUUUUUUUCAAAGUGCAUUCAUACAUGUAUCGAUCAUUUCAACGCGCUUGGAAAAAUAAUAUAAAGUUGUCUUUUUUUUUAAAAGUAUCAAAGUUUGUAAACGCACUUUUAAAAAAAAUACAAAUUUGUGACUUUUUAAAGCUGACAUGAAUUUAUAAAUAUGCAUUAUUUCCCUUUUAUCUCCGACAACCGCAAUAAAAAAUGUCGAUUUCUAUUGUUCUGCUCAUCGCUACACACCCCCUAUAUAAGGCCGAGAUCACUAUUCAUGCUUCACCGCAUUCAGGAAUUUCAUACACCCGAACACGUUACCUUGGACGAAAAGACUUGUAAAAACGCGUUUCGAACAAAAAUAAUAUGACAACCACUGCACUGAUAAGAUAUUUUCAAUAAACGACGAAACAAGACAGAGUGAAAUCCAGGCGCAGAUACUUCAAAAAUU